UGCUUAUCAAACCCUAACGAAGCGUGGACGUCAUCAGAAGUUAUUGUUGCAAAGUUUAACGAAGCGAUGGAAAACCGAGUAUCUCACAGAACUGCGAGAACAUUCAAUCCAAAGACAACAGCGAGAAAGGUCGGUAACAAAUAUCUCGAAAGGCGAUAUAGUCAUUUUAAAGAACGAUUCAACAAACAGAGCUUUUUGGAAACUCGGUAAAGUAGAGGAGCUGUUAACGGUUAGAGACGGUAAGGUUAGAGCGGCAAUUGUAAAGGUUGCUGGAAGUAAAACGCGACCAACAUUGUUGAGACGGACAAUUCAACAAUUAAUACCUAUUGAAGUCAACUCGAAGCCAGUUGAGACUUGA